GCUGCUUCUACCAUCAUUUCAUUGACUUCCUAGGCGCCCACUCUACAGAGGACACACUUCACUUUGUGGAGAUGUGUGUGAGGUUAGUAACUUGCUCAGGACCACCGAUAGCGGAGUUGGGAUUUCAUUAAUUUCAGUGUUUACUGUCUCUGCCCGAGACACUGUUCUAGGUCCUGGGAGAUAGCACGGAGUGCAGCAGACAAAAUCCUGCCCUCAUGGAGCCCCCAUUCUGGGGGGGAGAGGGGAGAGGAGGCCAGUGGUUAACAAGGGCAGCUGGAGAGCCGGAGGCUGGCGGGGACUAUGUGAAGUUCUCCAAGGAGAAGUACAUCCUGGACUCAUCGCCUGAGAAACUGCACAAGGAGUUGGAAGAAGAACUCAAACUCAGCAGCACAGACCUCCGCAGCCAUGCCUGGUACCAUGGCCGCAUCCCCCGUGAGGUCUCCGAGACCCUGGUGCAGCGCAACGGUGACUUCCUCAUCCGAGACUCACUCACCAGCCUGGGCGACUACGUGCUCACGUGCCGCUGGCGCAACCAGGCCUUGCACUUCAAGAUCAACAAGGUGGUGGUGAAGGCGGGCGAGAGCUACACCCACAUCCAGUACCUGUUCGAGCAGGAGAGCUUCGACCACGUGCCCGCCCUGGUGCGGUACCACGUGGGCAGCCGCAAGGCCGUGUCCGAGCAGAGCGGCGCCAUCAUCUACUGCCCGGUCAACCGCACCUUCCCACUGCGCUAUCUGGAGGCCAGUUACGGCCUGAGCCAGGGCAGCGGCAAGGCCGCCGGCCCGGCCAGCCCCUCGGGCUCCAAGGGCAUGAAGCGGCGCAGCGUCACCGUGACAGACGGGCUCACCGCUGACAAGGUCACCCGCGGCGAUGGCUGCCCGGCCAGCGCAUCGCUGCCCCACCCCCGGGAAUCCAUCCGCAACUGUGCCCUCAGCAUGGACCAGAUCCCAGACCUGCACUCGCCCAUGUCCCCCAUCUCCGAGAGCCCCAGCUCCCCUGCCUACAGUACUGUGACCCGCGUCCACGCCGCCCCUGCCGCCCCCUCUGCCACAGCAUUGCCUGCCUCCCCCGCCACUCGCCGGUCCAGCGAACCUCAGCUGUGUUCUGGCAGUGCCUCAAAGCCUUCUGGGGAGUCGGACAAGGGCCUCUACUCCAGUCCUUCCCACACCCUUUCCAAGGCCUCCCCCUCACCAUCACUCAGCAGCUACAGUGACCCGGACUCUGGCCAUUACUGCCAGCUCCAGCCUCCUGUCCGUGGCAGUCGUGAGUGGUCAGCCUCUGAGGCCUCCAGCCGGCAGACUGGGAGCUACGGGGAGAGGCUAAAGGAACUGUCAGAAAAUGGGACCCCCAAAGGGGACUGGGGCAGGUCCUUCACAGUCCCUGUUGUGGAAGCCACCUCUUCCUUCAACCUGGCCACCUUCCAGUCACUCCUGAUCCCCAAGGAUAACCGGCCCCUGGAAGUGGGCCUCCUGCGCAAGGUCAAGGCGCUGCUGGCGGAAGUAGAUGCCCGGACGCUGGCCCGGCAUGUCACCAAGGUUGACUGCCUGGUUGCUAGGAUACUGGGCGUUACCAAGGAGAUGCAGACCCUAAUGGGAGUCCGCUGGGGCAUGGAGCUGCUCACCCUCCCCCAUGGCCGGCAGCUACGACUAGACCUGCUGGAAAGGUUCCACACCAUGUCCAUCAUGCUGGCCGUGGACAUCCUGGGCUGCACCGGCUCUGCCGAGGAACGGGCGGCGCUUCUGCAUAAGACCAUCCAGCUGGCAGCCGAACUUCGGGGACCCAUGGGCAACAUGUUCAGCUUCGCUGCGGUGAUGGGCGCAUUGGACAUGGCCCAGAUUGCCCGGCUGGAGCAGACCUGGAUGACCCUGCGGCAGCGACACACAGAGGGCGCCAUCCUCUAUGAGAAGAAGCUCAAGCCGUUUCUCAAGAGCCUCAAUGAGGGCAAAGAAGGCCCGCCACUGAGCAACACCACGUUCCCGCACGUGCUGCCGCUCAUCACUCUGCUGGAGUGUGACUCAGCCCCAGCUGAGGGCCCUGAGCCCUGGGGCAGCACAGAACACGGGGUGGAGGUGGUGCUGGCCCACCUGGAGGCUGCCCGCACAGUGGCACACCACGGAGGCCUGUACCACACCAAUGCCGAGGUCAAGCUGCAGGGGUUCCAGGCCCGACCGGAGCUGCUGGAGGUGUUCAGCACAGAGUUCCAGAUGCGCCUCCUCUGGGGCAGUCAGGGUGCCGGCAGCAGCCAGGCCCGGCGCUAUGAGAAGUUUGACAAGGUCCUCACCGCCUUGUCGCACAAACUGGAGCCUGCCGUCCGCUCCAGCGAGCUGUGACCCCUGGGGACCCUUCCCCUCUGCAGCUACCGGCUGUAACAGGGAUAGAGGGUCACCGAGCUUUUCCCGGAGCACCCCAGGGACACUGUGAUCAGCCCGAGAAUGUUCUGGAUUCAACUCCAGGAUUUCCCUGCCAGCUCCAGCGUUCUGCGUGGACUCUGGGCUCCGACCCACCCACCACACACUCACCGAGAAUCCCAUCAGGAAGAACCGGAACCUCCAUUCCUCUCUCCAACUUCUGCUGCUCUCCCUCCUGCUGCGGUGUCCUGUGUAGACGCCGUGGGAGGCUCCUCACAUAUUGGCAUUGCCCUCCAGACGUCAGCUCCCCACUGACACCAAGGUUUCCCUCUGACUGUAAAUAAGUCUGUCCAUCCUGUAAAUAUAUGUACAGAAGCCAUGUUCUUUCUUUCAUAUAAUAAACUUUUAUGACUCUUU